AUGCCAAUUCUCAUCUUAACUCAAAGAAUUAUUUUUCGUUUAAAAAAUCCCUUAUUAUGGUCUAUUGGACUUCUAGAAACAUUAAUAUAUAUUUUGAUUGUUAUAUCACUAUACAAAUAUUUUAUUUAUAUAAAAAAUAUAAGUCUAUUUCGAAUAUUAUUAUUUAUCGGUGUCUUAUUAUUAACAGCAAGAAAUGUAAUUAUGUUUAUAAUAAUAAUAUACCGUGAUUUUACUGAUUUUAAAGAUAAAAAACAAAUUAUAGAAGGGGCGAUUCGAGAAAAUGUUUCCAUACAAAAUCCAAAUGAUCCAUUGUACAUUGCUGCAGCAAAAAUAAUUUUCUUUCAUCAAUGUUGUGGAACACAAUCUGAACAUUAUCAGAAUAUACCGGGUGAAAAAAUUUUUUUUCAAAAUAAUUUUUCACAAUAUUGUAAAAAUGUUAAAUUACGAGAAUUUCAAGAAAAAUUAAAAAUAAAACAACGAGGAUCAUGUUGGAAAACCAUAAUAAAUGAUAUUAAGAUAGAAUUAAUUAUGUUAUCCGUUGGUCUAGGUAUUGGAAUAUUACUUAUGUUAUUGACAUGGCUAUUUCUAUAUCAAAAUCGACUAAUAUUUCGAAAACAAUUUAUUAUCAAAAGACCUCUUUCAUUAGCAACAGCCGACACACUCAGUAUUACAUCAUCGACAUCAUCAACAAUGACCGUUACUACAGUUGUUAAACCAAGAGUUUCAAUCAAAGCAAUUGCUAGACAAAUACCAUCAUCAUAUGCUACAACUCUUCUACCAUUAGCAACUCUUGUUCAUUCUCCAUCUAUUCUUCAAACGGCUAAAUUUAUAAACAAACCAUUAUUCAUGUCAUCCAAUGCUAAAAUGCUUCAACUAAUACAACCAAUUUCUGACUCUAAAUUUCCUACUUUAUCUAAUCUACAAAAGACAGUACUUCCACGGUCACAAACUAUUCCAGAAUCUACCAAAGGUAGAAAAUUUCGUAAUCUAUAUUUCACUGUAUGUGAUGAUGACGAUUGA